UAAAGUAAUCCCUACCUCUUUCUACAUCUCCAAUGGCAACAGUCAGCAACACCUUGGUAACAGGUGUUUGCAUCGUUGCCAUUAAGGGGAUUGGUUUCCGUUAGUUAUAGUACCUGAUUUGUUGUACGUUUUCUAUGUGUUUUGUUCGUUGUGUGUAUGCUGUAUAAUACUAAAUGUCAAACGAUGGAAAAUGAAAAAGCCCAGCCUACAAGGACACUGCAACCAGUGACCAAUCAGCAUCUGCCUCCACUUCGACCACGUGCUCUGCCACUCAUGCCAAGUCUGGACAUGGGAGAUGAAACGCCACCGCCUAAAGCAAAGAAAAGGAAGCCAAAAAGAGAGUCCAAUGAAGCUGACGAUGGAGACGAGUCAGCAGUGGAGGCGACGGCACCAGAGCCCCAAGACAUUCCACCUCAGAAGAAGAAAAAGAAGAAGAAGAAGAAGAAAAUCCAAACUCUAGAUCUGGAGCGGGAAGGAAACCGCGCCCAGUGGGACAUGGCGAAUGGGGGUGCUGCUGUGGAACAGCAUGUGGAUGAGGAGGCCGAGGCCCCAAAGGCCAGAGAGAAGAAGAAGCCGAAGAUCGGUGACAGGCUGCACUCCAGUGAGCUAGACGUUGAGGACGAAGAUGUCAUCACCAACGCAGCUGCCGCCAUCCCCCAGCAUUCCCUGUUCUCUGCCCCACUGGGACAAAGUCAACCAAUCAGCAAGGUUUUUGUCGAGAGAAACCGGCGGUUCCAAGCCACGGCUCGCACAGACUUGGACAAGCCCAGCAUUGAAACAGAUGAUUACCUGGAGAUAACAUCCGUCUGGAGUACCCGGGAUGUGGCCUUGAAAGUACACAGUGGGUUCAGGGUGGUGGGUCUCUUCACACAAGGCUUCCUGGCUGGGUAUGCUGUCUGGAACACCAUUGUGGUGUACAUCCUGGCCGGGGAGCAGCUCAGCAGCCUGGCCAACCUGCUCCAGCGGUACCACACGCUGGCCUACCCAGCCCAGUCCCUGCUCUACCUGCUGCUGGCUCUCAGUAGCGUCUCUGCCUUCGACAGGGUGAACCUGGCCAAGGUCUCUGUGGCAAUGAAGAGCUUCCUCACUCUGGAGCCAGCAGCACUGGCCUCCAUCUUGUACUUUGCAGCCCUGAUCCUUUCUCUCAGCCAGCAGAUGACCAGUGACCGAAUCAAUCUCUACAACUCUGGCAAUGGGACCUUGUGGCCCACAGGCUCAGAACAAAGGUUCCUGCAGAACUGGAUUGUGGUGAACCUAGUGGUGGCAGUGUUGGUGGGAUUGGCCUGGGCGUUCCUCUGUACACGACCCGAGUUGGAUUACACUGAGGAAUUCUUAAGGACGAUGGAUGUAGAUGAGGUGCCACAUAAAAAGGGGAAUCCGGAAAUCCCAGCCUGACAGAGAGACCUGCCAUUGCUGGUUUAUUUUAUGUACAAUUUAUAUCUAUAUAUAUAUUAGUUUUGCCCAGACUACUCAAUGAUUGAAGAUGUUUUUUUUUGUCCUACUGACCAUUAUAAUGCAUUAUGAAGGUAUUUAUACUGUAUUAUAUCUGAGAGCAUUCAUAAUGCGUAAUGAACAUGGCCAUAAUACAUUAUGCCUUUUUAUAGAUAUUUAUAGCCGUGCUUAUAAUACUUUACGAAUGCAUUACAAUGCAUUGUGAGGGCAUGUAUAAUGCAUUUAGAUGACUACUUUAAGUAAAGUGUUGCUGCUGUUUUUUUUUUAAACUGAUAAACCAACACAUUUGUAUAUUAGAGUCUUAUUUACUUAUUUGCCUAAAAUGUAUGUCCUAAAAUGUUAUUUCCAAGCAAUUGGAAAUAACCUUGACUAACAGAUAUGGUAGAGAUUGUGAAAUUGUUACAAGGCCUUAUCUAGAAGAUAAUGUAAUUCUGGUGAAACAUGUAAUUAUAAUGGAGAUAGCCUGGGCUCAAUCAUUCCAUUUAAAGCUGCAAUAGAGACAGCUUGUGUGGUUGGUAGUGUCAAAAAAAGAUGCUCAUUGCCAAAUCGGUCUGGCUCUUUAAAGAAACAUCUGUAAUUCAAAUUAAUUUUUUUUACAGCUGUUCACAUACUAGUUAUAGUUUACAUUAUAGACUAUUAAACAAGUAAUAAAAUGCUAGUCAUUAAUUUUACAGGGGCAUUUUAUAGUAAUAUGAGCACAUAUUCUAUUGUGGUACAUGUGAGUUGGAAAGUGAAAGAACCCCAAUCUAGAAUCAUCAUUUAGUAAAAGAUGUAUAGGAAACGACCCUCUCCAUCCAGAACGUGAUUUGGGCAGAAUGAUUGUUAAUGGAGGAGGACUUGCUGCAGGCCCAGCAUAUGUGCUUAAGUGGGUGUGUGACGCUCUCUUCCCCCUGCUGGAUAAUUGACUUAAUUUUGUCUCUAUGUCAAGUUCGUCAGUUUUCACUAACCGUGAAAUUGUAUUUCAACUUCCACUUUAGUUAAACCGAUUGUUUAUUGUGUAAAUAAUAUUGAGCUGUAAUUAAUUUACAUGGAAGGAGCCCGCAAUUAAAAUGUGAAAUGCUUUUAGAAA